AUGGCAACACCAUGGAUCUCGACGUGUUUUUGCUUUCUGCUGCUCGGUUUGACCUCUGCAAUACCUGGAUGCACCUAUCUAGAUGUAAAUACACGUAUAUUCAAUUGCACUGCAGGUAACAUGACGUCAUUUCCGACACCUGAAAAUAUUCCAUAUGGCGUUAAAGAUAUAGAUUUAUCUGGUAACCAAUUGAUACACGUCCCUUAUAUCAAUAUUUCAUCACCAAAAACACUGCAACGACUCGAUUUGUCCCAUAACCAUAUCUCGUCAGUCAGCCAGAACGCUUUUAUAGAUCUGACGGAACUCGACACGCUUGACCUGUCCUUCAACCUUCUUCGCGGAUCUGCCCUCAUCGUGAAGCGUUACCGUCUCGUCAUGAGCGAGUUCCACAGUCUACGAGUGCUAAUCCUUAAAGGAAAUCCGCUUGGAAUGAUAAAGCGUCUCACAUUCAGGGCAUUCGGCUAUGACCGGCUUGAGGAACUGGAUUUGUCCUUCUGUGCAAUAACUACUCUGGAGCAUCUCGCGCUCGAGAACCUGUUACGUCUUCGUAUUCUGAAUCUUAGUCACAACAAUUUGGUCACCUUCGACACUGCCGCAUUUGCGGGAGUCACGCACCUGAGAAGCCUCGAUUUGAGUUACAACAAGCUUAAAGAGAUCGAUGAUAUGCAUUUAACACUGACAUCAACACUGCAUUUCAUCAACCUCGAUAACAACCAGAUCAGCUCCAUCAGGGACAACGCGUUUUCCGGUGUGACUGGUCUAGAACGUCUUGGUCUUCGAAACAACCGCCUGCACCAUAUCACACCACUGUCUCUGCCUACGGACAUGCGCAAAGCGCCCGAGCUUGACAACAACCCAUGGGCCUGUGACUGUCAAAUGAAAUGGAUCACCUCUCCGGAUUCCUACCUCCGGUCACUUAACGCGUCCAUCAUUUGUACGUAUCCGUCAAGACACAGAGGAAUGGAGAUCUUUGAAAUAGAUGGCGCUGACCUGGCUUGUCCGAUGUCAUUGUUAAGUGUUUUGACGACUUUGCUGAUUACGCUGGGAGUAAUUAUAGUUUUCGGAGCUGCCUUCCUAUUGCUAUACCACAAGCGUGCAUAUAUUACUACACUGUGUCGAGGAUCCGAGAUCAAAGGUCAAUACGUGGCUGUGUACUCACACGAUAGAUAUGAUGAAGCUGUUACCUUAGAAAUGCCCGCAACGUUUAACAAAUCAGAUCUUGAGAAACAGGCUGAAUCCGAAAUGUAUGCUUAA